AUGGACGUUACUGUGGACACACCAACAAGCGACAUCCCUACUAUGUUCCUAGGCGAGGAUCGUCACUUCAUCAAAAAGCGAGAGCAUUCUCAGCGCAGGCGGACAUUCAAUCACCGUCUUCGGGCUGCAGCGAAGCAGUAUCGCGCCGAGCAUCCAGAUCAGCUCCCUUGCAAGAGUAUCGGCUUCGCCAGCCGCGAAGAGUGUCAGGACACCCAGCGAGCCCAGCAGGAUAUCAAGGACCCGGCGCGGCUGAGGCAUCAUGUCGAGGCAGAUCUGCGCUGGAAGCAUCGUCAGGAGGAGAGCCUUCCGAGGCGAUCGAAGCGAAGUCGUCCCAAUACCAACCUCAACCACGAAAGCUCGAUCGAGCUCGCCAGGAGCAAGAUCGAGCUACCAAGCGACCGAAAGCUUCAGCGAUGUCCCAGCCUCGAGCGGCAAGACGCCUUUUGCGACGCCCGCACCAAGAGUCGUGUCCAGGUAAAGCAGAUGGCAGCGGGACCCUCGGAGGAUGAUGCGCAGGUGGCCGAGCUCUAUCGCAUGGGUCUUCUCUACGACGAGCAGGACUCGCAAGCGCAAGCACAGACGGACUCGGACAUCGAGCUAAACGACAUUCAGCACGGGGCGCCUGCCUAUUCGAUCCGCCCUGCCCGUCGUCGCAGCCACAAGUCGAGGAAUGGUGACCAUCAAUACAAUGAGGGUCUCCCCCUCAACCUGUCCUUUGCCGACCUGGGCGCGGACAAUGACCUCGCCCCGUACCUGGCUUCACAGGAGGACAAUACCUGCAGUGCCUCUUCACAAUCAUUUGCACACUCGCGCCGGGCAUCGCAACAGGCUCCCCUGCGCGUCAUCUACGAACUCGCCACGUCCCGUCCUUCCUUUGACGUGGAUACCUCGCAACCCCCCGACCUCAUGAACGACUCGCUCUCCGACUACGACUGCUUCACCGACAGCGAGCUGGACGACUCGCCCUCGCAGCGGGAGGUCCAGGAUCCUGCAGGUCCCUGGGUGUUGCUGGGCGACGACGACUGA